AUGUUUGAUCUCGGCCUGUAUACCCGAGACUGGAACUCAGCUCGAGGCGCCCGCGCAGCCCUGUUCCGAGGCAGCUCCCCGGUGGCGAUGACCGACAUCGGCGUCAAUUUCACCUGCACGCCGAAGGAUGGCCCAGACACCCUCAUCGUCACUCACCCGGACGUGAAGGACCAGACCGGACAGCAGCUCGACGAAUUCCCCGCACUCCUACGACGCUUCACAGGAGCAGCCGUCACAGAUGCGGCUAAGCAGCUCGUCGACGAGCAAGUCGCCGCCUACAACGAGGCCGCCAAGGAAUUUACUACUGGGCCAGAACGCGACUUCGCCAAGCACUUCUCCAGUAGCUUCCUCGAAUAA